CUACAGUGCAGCAGAGACCCCCAUUCCUCGCGCCUGGAGCAACAAGUCACUUCCUAUAAAAAAAAAGAUCUUGUUUUUGCAACAUGCAGACGCCGAGCAGAGACGUGGGACUUUACGGAUACCCCGUGCGUAAUUACGCACCGGCGUCGCCGCGCGGGCCGUGCGCAAAACCUCCGUCCAACUGGAAGUCCUUCACUAUUGAGGCUUUGCUCGCCAAGCCGGAGGAGAAAACCACGACGGGUCCACCCUCUCAGAGCGGGGUCAAGGCGGCUGCGUCCGCGCUGCCCCUCGCUGCCUUACCCAYGGUGCCCGUGGCGUGCGUCUGCUCACCCGCCGUGUUCCACUCCUCCAUCCACCCGCAGCCCGGGUACUCCCUCUACUGCUGCCCGCCGCUCGCCUACCACUCGUCCUGCAGAGACGCAUUUUACGCACAAGCAGCCGCGUCCAAAGCGAGCGCAGGGCUGCACGCGUUCAAAACUAAAGGAGGUAAAUCGAAACGGAUGCGCACCAGCUUCACCAGCGAGCAGCUGUCCCGGCUGGAGAAGGAGUUCGCGCGGCAGCAGUACAUGGUGGGGUCAGAGAGGUUCCUCCUGGCCUCCGCUCUGCAGCUGACAGAAGCUCAGGUCAAAGUCUGGUUCCAGAAUCGACGCAUCAAGUGGCGCAAACAGAGUUUGGAGCAGCAGCAGGCCAAACUGGCCAAACUGGGCCUGGCCGCUCCGCCAACAAGUCCCGGAUCUCAGGGCCACGGGGAGGACGAGGAGUUCUCCGACUCGGAUGUGGACAUCGACGGCUCCACGGACCAGAGCUAACCCAACCCAACUGCUGGACUUCUAAACAAAAACAAACAAACUGUACAGACAUCUGAGAAAGGAGGCCUCUGUCUUCAACUAUUUAAUAGAUUUAUAGCUUUAUAUUUAAUUUUUUUUUACAUUUAUGAGUUCAUGUAUUGCUUUAUAUCUGACAUAUAAAUAUAUUUUAUGAAACUGAA